AUGGCACCCAAAUCAAUCUGGAGGCGGCCUGGGACGCAGCACUUCCAACUAGUACAUCGUUCGCAGAGAGACCCUCUUAUUCACGAUCCGGAAGCCAGCACUCAUGUAUUAAAGGGGUUUGAAAGAGAGAAUUUGGUGCGUAAAGGAAAGACUCGAGCGGACCUGGAGCAGACCCUGCCUUACGCUAAGUCUGAGCGAGCGAACAUUGGUGAAGCCGCCGAGCACGGUGUCUAUUUUGACGACACCGACUACGAUUAUAUGCAACACCUUCGUCCGAUAGGUAUGACCGCGGACGCCAUCCUGCUCGAGGCGCCCAAUAAGAGUAAGGGCAAAGCAAAGACCAAAGACAUCGUCACACUCCCUGGAGAAUCCUUGCCAUCUCAAAAGGAAUUAUCCCUUGCUGCUGCUCGGGAUGCUAUGCAAUCCGUACCGAGAGAGCUCGUCGGCUUUAAUCCAGACCUAGAUCAACAUCUCCGCCAGACUCUCGAGGCGCUGGAUGACGACGCAUUUGUUGGGAACAAUGACCGUUCUGGAGAAGAAGACCUCGACGAUCUGUUUGGAGAACUUUUGGUAGGAGGAGAACGAGAGGCCGGAGAGGCAGGCGAAUGGGAUGAUUGGGAGUUUCGGGAAGAAGGCAUUGAACAGCACACGGUUUCUGCUAAGAUGGACGGAUCUGAGCAUGCCGAAGAUGACUUGGUCUCCAGGGUAGCUGCCUUUAAGAAGGCGCAGGCAUUGGCAUUGGACGAGUCCCAAGAAGAUGAGCUAGAAGAUUCCGAAGGUGGAGAUACGAUCGGCAAGCUUCCUAGCCUCCCCCGAUAUCAGUCAUUGGAGGGAGGAGGAGAAGGAAAGGUGCUGGUAGCGAUGCAUCAGGUUUUAGCAUGUCAAGCUCUUCAAUUUUUAGAAACGAAGGGCUCCGAGGGCUUGAUGCGCAGUUUGAUCAUGGAGAUUCUGUACAACUCUGAUGAAGAUAUGCAAGAUUCUGACAGAGAUAACGAAACAAGUUUAUCGAAGGAUCUUACUGAAGAUGAUUCCGACGAAGCACCGGAACUCCUUGACACUAGAGAGGAUUUAGAGGGUAUGAUGGAUGAAUUUCUGGAAAAGUACGAACUGGUUGGGAAUAAGAUGCGGCCUGUGCUGGGUGGCAUUACUCCGGCCGAGAAACUGGCAGCGUUGCGUCACGCCUUGGUUGACGAUAUCAAUGGUGACGGAGGAGUACUUGCACGUGCAAUAAUUAAGAAGGGCAAGACACCCGAAACAGACCAAGACGAUUUGAUCCCCGAACCCUACGACAUAGAUGCAGGGUACGAGCAGGAUAGAUGGGACUGUGAGACGAUACUAUCAACGUACUCCAAUGUAGAGAACCACCCACGACUGAUCCUUGCGCGCGAUAAAAGGCCAGUGCCACGGAUACAGCUUCACCCUAAAACUGGACUUCCAUCUAUAACUGGAGACAAAGAUCAACGUGACGUAUCUUCUGUCCACGGGGCCGCCCAUCCUGGUACAACUGCAAGAGAAGAGGUCUUGGGCCAGGCCGCUGGCGAACUUGAGAAAUCUGCCAUGAAGGAAGCGUUUGCGACUGAAAGGAAAGUGCAACAACGCAAGGUAGCGAUGGGCCCAUCAAAUGUGAACAUCAGGAAGCUUUAA